GAUUAGGGGCAACGGCAGCGUCUUCAGGGGACUGUAUGCUGCUGGCGAGGCUGCUGGCUUUGGCGGCGGUGGUGUGCACGGCUACAAUUCUCUCGAAGGGACCUUUGUGGGCGGCUGUAUCUUCUCUGGGCGAGCCGCUGGCCGAGCGCUCGUGGAGGAUCUGCUCGGCAAAGAUGCUACGGGCGACGCAAAGGUUACGUCCAGACUUUAAGAUGGCGUAUUGUUUAUAGCGGUCUUUUCUGUCAUGCGUUCCAUUUAAAGUUGAAUGGAUGAAUGCUAAGGUAGCCUUGCACCCGGAUGGCGGACGCGCCUUCUCCUAGCGACAACUGUCCUAGAGAUAGGUAUGAUUUCUCCGCUGCCUUUAUAAGCAAUCUCUCGCUUCCCAUUCUUGCUUGUUCCCAUCAUUUUCCUACGUGUUCGAGAUCCAUCAUCUUCAAAUUCCCAGCUCAGCGUCCGACCCUCAGUAUGCCUUACCCAGGUGCCGACGGCAAUAUGUAUCAGGAUAGCGUCUUUGCUGCCUCGCGCAGUCACAGGCCCAGGAACUUGGUGUACCCAUGGAACCAAGCGCAUGUUUCGAAUGCCUCCAGGGCACCGACUGAGGCCGAAAGCACUGGUACAGUCCCUACUCCACCCGGCCCCUUCACGCCGAGCGACGAGACAUGGAGUCUCUUCAGUGGGACAGGUGCAGCUACGUCGAGCCGAAGUCCUGCUUCAUCGCCACCCAGCCGCUCCUCCAGUGGACCAGCGCAAGGCAGCCUGCGAGGUCCAAGGGCACCGUAUCAACCGUUGCUCCCACGUCCUCAAAGUCCAUCUCAAGCGUCGGUGUGGAUGAGACAAUCCACAUGGAAUAGUGAAAUCCGACCCUCGUCGCAGUCAACGCCCUCUGAGGACAGAUUCUUACCCCCUUAUUUGCGACAUGAGUCAACACAAUUGGUUUUGCUGCCCAGCUGGGUGUCUCAAACCUAUGCAAUUACUAGGCCCAAAGACAGCGUCAAACCUACAAACAGAACCACCGCUGAGGGCCACAAAAGAAGCGAAGAAAACCCCAAGGGACAGCCUUCAUCUGCUUCGGAUUCAACAGCGCGCCCUAUCCUCAGGGAUGGCCACUCCGAUAACGACUCACCAGGCAGUGAUGCAUGGAGCAGCGACUCCUCGGGAGGUGUGCCCCUGGUCAGUGAAGGCUCUGGAAGUGAUGGCCAAAGCAGUGAUUCAUGGAGCAGCGACUCUUCGGGAGGUGUACCCCUAGUCAGUGAAGGCUCUGAAAGUGAUGGCCCAAGCGCUGGCACUGGAGACGCCCCAGGUGACGGCGAUGCGCAGGCCUGAGGCCGGGGUGGUCAUUAUACUGGAAGGAAAGCUGGCGUUGAUGAUGGCCCACGGCAAAAGAUGGCGCAUCAGGCGGCCUGCGCGUUGAACAAUGGUAAACAACAGGGGUUAUAAGCUUGGCGGACGCAUACAUGUGAGCUGGUCAAGACACCAGCAAGCGAUUCAACUUUCUUUUCUUAAAUAAUAUAGCGUUGA